AAGUUUAAGUCCACGUUUUCCCGCGACUAGGAAACCCCAAAGGCGCACGCGAGCCCCAGCGGGCUUCACUGCCGUUCAUCAUGAGGAUUCGCCCUGGAUGCGCGGCCGCGCUAGCGUUGCUACUGCAGGUCGCACUUGUGGCGAGCAAAGCAUUGGACCAGAAGCAGCUGCUGCAGCCGCAGUCACAGCAGCAGAUCCCCUACAGUGCACAAACUAUCGAAAAACGUGUCGGAUAUGGGGGUGAAGGUGGUUUCGGGGGAGGCGAUGGAUUUGGAGGUGGCAACCACCAUGGAAACGUCGGAGGUUUCGGAGGAGGUGAUUACGGUGGAAAUGGAAAUGUUGCCGGUAGUGGGGGCUACACUGACGGUGGCCAUAAUGCCGCUGCUGACAGCUACGGAGGCGCUGGGAAUAUUGGUCACGGCAGUGCAUUCAAUGACUUUGGAAGCGCUAAUUUCGCUGGCAAUAAUUUCGGCGGCGACAAUCACCAUGGAGGAAACAAUGGUUAUGGAGAUGGACAUCAACACGGGGGCAACGAAGGUUUUGCAGGCAAUAGUUACGGUGGCGGUGGGAGUGAUGGCCAUGGCGGUGUAAUCAGUGACAUUGGAGCUGGCGGUUUCAGUGGUGGUAAUCAGCAUGGAGGCGCCGGUUUCGGUGGCGUUGAUCAGCAUGGAGGCAGCGGUUUCGGUGGCGGUGAUCACCAUGGAGGCGGCGGUUUCGGUGAUGGCGAUCAUCACGGGGGCGGUGAUAUCGGAGGAGGCAUCAAUCACGGAGAUGGUGGAUAUGGGAAUGAGCAUGGAGGUGCUGGUAUAAAUAAUUUUAACGGAGGUAGCAAUCAUGGAGGUAACGGAGCUGACUACGUAAGUGGAGAUGCAGGAAGUUACGGAGGCCACGGGGAUCACGAUGAUCAUCAUCACGAUAAAGGAUAUUGGAAGAAGAAGUUGAUUUGGAAACCUGGCUGGAAGAAAGUUUGGAAACCUGCUCAAAAACAAAUCUGGAAGCCAGCGUGGAAAAAAAUCUAUAAACCCGAAUGGCAUCCUACUAAGAAAGCUGUAUGGCGAGACAUUCAAGUACCAGCCUGGAAGAAGGUUUGGAAGCCAGUGUGGAAAGAAAUUCAAGUGCCAGCCUGGAAAGAAAUUAAAGUCCCAGCUUGGAAAAAAGUAUAUAAACCAAUCUGGGUACCGAUAAAAGUACCUGCUUGGAAAGAAAUACAGGUUCCCGAUUGGAAAAAAGUCUAUAAGCCAAUAUGGGUGCCUAUUAAGGUUCCGGCUUGGAAAGACAUUCAAGUACCAGCGUGGAAGAAGACUUGGAUUCCAGAAUGGAUAAAAGUUGGAAUACCAGGUGAAAAACAUCUUGGUACCGAUUCCCAUGGAUGGCAAUAUACUAGCCAUGACCUUUGGAAAAAGAAAUUAAUCUGGAAACCUUUGUGGAAGAAGAUAUGGAAGCCAGCGAAAAAGCAGAUUUGGGUGGAAGACAAGAAACUCGAAUGGAAGGAAGAGUGGAAGCAAAUAUGGAAACCUGCGAAGAAGCAAAUCUGGGUAGAGGAUAAAAAAUUGGCCUGGAAGGAGGAAUGGAAACAAAUUUGGAAGCCCGGUAAGAAGCAAAUUUGGGUGUCGGAUAAGAAACUCGAAUGGAAGGAAGAUUGGAAGCAAAUUUGGAAAACAGAACAAAAGCAGGAGUGGAUAGAGGAUAAAAAAUUAGUUUGGAAAGAAUCUUGGAAACAGAUAUGGGUACCGGGGUGGAAGGAAAUUUGGGUUCCAGAUUGGAAAAAGAUUUGGAAGCCAGUUUGGAUAUCCGAGUGGUUCCCAGCCGAAGACCAUCACGAUCAUGGCUGGAAAGAUCGAAAGGACACGGUAUCGAAGCAAACACCGGUACAGCAAAUUAAUCAGCAAUCAGUACAGCUACAAAAACCACAGCAGCAAAUCAGCGCUAAUCCAAUUAGGUGGGACAGAUCGUUUCAAAUGACGCAAUCACUAACUGCAGCACCAGCUUCUCAAUUAUCGUCAAUCACGCAAGAUCUUGUACCACCACCGCUAGUUCAAUUAGCGGAACAAAAAAAACAGAGCGUCAGCUUUCCCAGUCGCUGAAAAAUCUGUUGAAUUUUUCUUUAAAGAAUAUUAAGAGAAAUAGAAUGACAACCUGUACAAAAUUGAGAUAUAUUCUCUAAUGAGAUAUAUUAUUUACGCUGUAUUAUAAUAAGCCACUGUACAUAUUA